UCAGCCUACAGCUCAGUGUGAACCUGCUCUUUACUUCCCCCCCCCCGCCUCAGCUCCUCACUUCUCCCUGUUCCUCUCCUGACUGACUGACUCCUGCUGCUCUCCUUCUUCCUCCUUGUCACCCGCUCCUGAUCCCUGAGGACACCAUGGUGAACAGAUAACCACCCGGCUGACCUGAGACCAUGGGUGCCUGCCUCUGCAAAGGUCACAAAGAGCUUCAACAUCCCAUGACAGUCCUGCAGGACCAGAACGUGGAGGGACAGCCAUCCACCGCCAAAGACGGGCAGACUCCCUCCAAUGGCAGUGUGGCAGAUAAAAGCAGCCGCUAUGACAUAGGCGAGCUGGCCACCUCCUCUUUGAUUGGACUGGUGGCCACGAUAAAGGAGCGCAUCACCCAGCCGACUGCGAUGGCCCAGGGGCGAGUGGCCCACCUGAUUGAGUGGAAGGGCUGGGGCGGAGGUGGUGAGGCCAGAGGAGGUGGGGGCAGUGGUAAAGGAGGCAGAGGCUGGGGGGGGAUUGGGGCUGAGCUGCAGGAGGAUGAACAGUUCUACUCCCAAAUGACGGACGAGAUCAAGGAAGCUCGCUUCGCUGCAGGAGUGGCGGAGCAGUUUGCUCUGGCUGAGGCAGCUAUGAACAUAUGGUCGAUGAACGACGGCUUAGAGCAGCCGUCCACCAGCCUACAAGCUGCACAGAAUCACUACCUGUCUCAGUUCCUGCUGGACAGUGGAAGCAUCAGCGUUCCUCAGCACCUGUACAGCAUCCACCCACAUGCUUACGGUGACAGCAGGGUGUCCCACUUGGUCCCUGUGCCCCAGGCCGACUCCUUCAUUUCCCCGACGUCCAUCUCUCAGCAGGACAGAGAUCGACCCUUUGGGGACAGAAGCCCUGCGACUGGAGAGGCUGCUGUCAGACACGUGGACAGCAGCUCGCUAUCAGAGGAUGACGUUUUUUAUAACUAGACUCAAAUGGAAGAACAAGCCAGCAAUCAUGGUGGCAAUCUCUCAAACUAGACUCCCCCAAGAGAACGUGACCCUCAGCCACCAGCAGACUUGUAUGAAAUAUCUCAAGAAGCAAUUUGUCAGAUGACGUGUCUGAGAGAGUUGUAAAGGUCUCUGGUGUGGAGAUUUAAAAACUGUUCUCUCCCCGAGUGAGCUGUCUUCUUCUGUCAAUGUACAUAGUUUCUCUGUUACAUUUUGUAUUCAGUGUACAUAAGACACUUUCAUAUUAAAGGUAGAACCAAUGA